AUGGCAAAUAAUAGUUUAGCGAAAACAAUAAUAUUAAUAUCAAUCGUAGUCUUAUUUAUAGCUAGUUUUGUCAGUUCAUCAUCGAUAGAAUCAAAGUCGUCGUCAUCAUUGUCAUCAACAUCACAUCCAAUACCGGUUCCUAAACAAUACUACGCUGCCGGUGGCGUCAAUAGGGGCCAGCGAGGUGGUAUCUAUGAUUUUGAGUGCAAAAGUCAGCAGUAUAUUGAUGCCAUUUAUUUGAUUGACCUGGCCCAGUGCGCACAGAUCAUAUGGGAUCAGCAGCCAGAUCCCAAACCCGGCCAACCGAUGCUCGAGCUAACUGCACAACGGUGCUGCUACUAUAAGGAUCGUCAAUGUCAAUUCAUACACCAUUACAAAAACAAUUGCCGUAUAUUUGAUGAAAACGAAUGGUAUUACUCGUUAGUCAAACUAUAUGAUGAAUUGCAAGAGGACUGUCGGCUUAAGGCUAACAUUGAACUGAACGACCAGUUUUGCAAUAGUAUUAACAAAGUGGACUCAAUGCCCAAUAUCAUGUGCCAGGGCUAUCUCCGGUGUCCGAUUGAUAAUAAGUUCGGUAAUGUGACCAUCACUACACAGUAUAUACCGCUUGAAAUGGGAAGUUCGGCCAUUCGGGUAAUUGUUUUGACGGUCGGUAAUAGUCUAUCGAUUGCUAUAAGUUUGGCAUUCAUUUCUUUAGUUGUAAAUACGGUUUAG